CGAAAUGCAAUGACGUGUGAAGUAUACGCAGAGUAAAAUAGAUUAUAUACACGGUGGAUAAUAAAACUUAAAACUUGAAAUUGAUUUUCUGAUUCGCUUUACUUUAAAGUUUAUACACGCAAACGAAAAAUUUAUUCAUGAAAUUUGUUUUAAACUUCGUGUUCGGACAUUGAUGUUGUUGAAUAGCUUAAAUUUAACAAAAGGAAGUAGAUGUUACAAAACGGUUAGCGUCAUUCAAACGAUAAAAGUGGUCAGUGUUUACGUGUGUUUUUUUUAAAUAUAAUUAUAUAUUAUUUGGGAUAGGAAAACACCUAAAAUAUAGAAGAAACUAGCAACGGCUAUGAUUCACGAGGUAAGAUUAUGUCGGAUAGCAGCUAAAUAAAGAGUGACUUUAUAAAGUCUGGUUAUAAAGUAAGGACUUAUAUAAAAAUAUUGUGGAAAUCGUGCACAGUACACGUGAAUACCGUGCAGAAUGGGAUCUCUAACGUCAAAAGUGUCUAAAGCCCUCUCAUCCUGGAAGAACUGUCCGGCUAGGAUCGCUAUGAUAGGUCUAGAUGGCGCAGGUAAAACCACUAUAUUGUAUAGGUUUAAAAUGAACGAAACCUUAACAACGAUACCGACUGUAGGAUUCAAUGUAGAAACACUAUCACCCAUGAAGGGCCUCACUCUUACUGUAUGGGAUAUGGGUGGACAGGACCGCAUGAGGCCCCUAUGGAGAAUGUAUCUUAGAGGAACUGACGGUGUGAUAUUUGUAGUGGACAGUGCCGACUUAGAACGGAUCCAGGAAGCGAAAGAAGAAUUAAUGCGCGUGCUGGAUACACCGGAAAUGAGAAACGUCCCUCUUGUGGUCGUUGCUAACAAACAAGAUCUCCCAGGUGCCGCUGAUUCAAGCCGUAUUGCAAAAUAUCUUGGUUUACAUCAAAUGGUGUCACGACGCUGGGUUAUCCAUGACGCAUGUGCAACAAAUGGGCACGGAAUCGGCGAAUCAAUGGAAUCAUUAGCUAAAAUAGUAAAGGAAUUUAAAUCUAAGCACCGAUGAAGCAAUUUGUUUUCUUCGUUGUAUCAACGUGUGUUUUAAAUCUUAAAAUCUCUGCUCGAUCUUGAACAGCGUACCUGGAAACACGUGUCAAAUCGGUGUCUGUAACAAGACACACUAACGACCGCGUAGUUCAAGUCGUUCUAUGAAGACACUUCAUGUCUGUUCUACGAACUUCAUGUCCGUGCCCUUGAAUUACUCGAAAAAAAACACCACCAAACAAAAAAACAACCCGAGUGAAUACAUGGUACACGUAUAUUAGACUAUCAAAAUGAUGAAUGAAUGUGAAUAAAUGUGAUUUCAAUCAAAACUUUACACUGUAAAAUGUUUCUAGUCAUUGUCUUAAAAUGUUUACAUAUAUGAUAUCAUUAUUGACAUUGUUAUUGUUUCGAUCGUUGAAACCAUAAAAACUACAUAAAUAAUUACAAUAAUGGUAGAUCUAUUUACUGAAUAUCAUAAAAAAUUGCUAUAAGCUCGAGACUUUUUUGUUAAUGUAGCGAGGGACGUGCGUGUGCGCACCAGCAUCAUCCGUAAUCUCUGUGUAAAACUGUUGACUGCAUUGAAAAUACUUGCAGUAAGCUAUAAAAACGCAAUAAAUAUUUAAAGAA